AGUCUUACACAUGGAUGGAAAUUAUACAAUUUCCGUAUCAAGCACGCUUUAUGUAUUUUCCUCCAUGACUUAUACUUAGAACUUUUAGUCUAUAUAUAAAUGGACGUUCAUGAAUUGGUUUUCAUACAAAAUUAAUUCUCUAGUUUCCUACCAUAGAAAGAAGAAUAUCAAGAGCCGAGUUUAAGAUCCUAAACCGUGAAAAUUUCCAUCUAGCUUCUUCUAUUUUCACAUGGGGUGGUUUCUUUUACUACCAUAUUUUAUCUUCCACUUGUUCUUGUUGCUCCUUCAUUUUCCUUCGUACACUUACUCACUGUGCAACUAUCAUGACAACUCUGCCUUAAUCCAAUUCAAGAACUCAUUUGUUGUCAACAGUUCCGAUGAUCAGCCUUUCACUUUUCAACGUGAUGAUGGUUUGUCUCCUUGUUCUUCUUUUUCUUCUAAGACAGAGUCCUGGAAAAAUGGAACAGAUUGUUGCAAGUGGGAUGGGGUCACGUGCGACGACGCCGUAUCAGGCCGCGUGAUUGGUCUCGACCUUACCUGCGGGCAUCUUCGAGGUGAGUUCCAUCCCAAUAACACCAUAUUCCAGCUCAAGCACCUUCAACAACUCAACCUUGCUUAUAAUCAUUUUACUGGGUCUCUAUUAUAUUCUGGAAUUGGUGGUCUCUUGAAACUCACACAUCUGAAUUUGUCAUUCUCUGGAAUCAGUGGUGAUAUUCCCUCCACAAUCUCUCACUUGUCUAAACUUGAAUCACUUGAUCUCAGCAACUUUGAAAUGAGAUUUGAUCCAUCCACAUGGAAGAAACUCAUUCUUAACACAAGUAAUUUAAGGGAGCUUCAUCUGGAUCACGUGAACAUGUCUUCAAUCAGAGAGAACUCUUUGUCACUGCUGAACAAUUUUUCAUCCUCUUUGGUCUCUCUUCAUCUAGAAGACACUGGAUUACAAGGGAAACUUCCAAGUAACAUCCUCUGUUUACCCAGUCUUGAAGAACUAGUUUUGUCGUGGAAUGUAGAGCUCAGAGGUCAACUUCCAAAGUCCAACUGGAGCACUACACUAAGGUACUUGGAUCUCUAUGAAACCUCAUUCUCAGGAGAAAUUCCAGAUUCCAUAGGCCAUUUGAAAUCUCUUGAAAAACUUGUUCUGUUCGGCAGCAAUUUCAAUGGAAUGAUUCCUUUAUCUUUUUCAAACCUCACUCAACUAACAUAUUUGAGCCUCGGGGCAAAUCAGUUUCAUGGUGAGAUCUCAUCAUUACUUUCAAUUCUCGACCCAUCAUUGUUAUGGUUGGAUCUUGGUGACAACCAGUUUACAGGGUCAAUUGGUGAAUUCUCAACUAAUUCUUUGAAUUAUUUGUCUCUCUCUACCAUCAAAUUACAAGGUAAGUUUCCAGACUCAAUAUUUGAAUUUGAAAAUCUUACUUACUUGGAUUUGUCAUCAACUCAGUUGAGUGGCCCCGUGGAUUUCCACCAAUUUUCAAAGCUUGAGAGUCUAAAAUACCUCGAUCUUUCUCACAAUAGUUUUCUGUUAAUUAAUAGCAGUGUUGAACAUCUCUUACCAAACCUUGAAAGUUUAUUUCUAUCUUCUUGUAAUAUUACCGGCAGUUUUCCUAAAUUCUUAGCACAAUUUCAAAAUCUAAUAGAAUUAGAUCUUUCUAAUAAUAAUAUUUAUGGAAAGAUUCCCAAAGGGUUUCAUGAGAAGCUCCACUCGUGGAACAACAUUUUCAAAAUUGACCUUCGUCACAACAAACUUCAAGGUGAUCUUCCAAUCCCACCCUAUGGCAUUGUAUACUUCCUUCUGUCGGACAACAACUUCAUUGGUGGAAUCUCUUCAACAAUAUGUGAUGCAAGCUCCAUCAAUAUACUCGACUUGGCUCACAACAACUUGACUGGCACGAUUCCACAAUGCCUAGGCAAUGCAACCUAUAUCAAUUAUGAAAUCAACUUGGCUCAUAACAACUUGAUUGGUAUGAUUCCACAAGGUCUGGGCAAUGCAAGCCACAUCAUUUACAUCGACUUAGCUCACAACAACUUGACUGGAACAAUUCCACAAUGCCUAUGCAAUGCAAGCUCCCUCAAUAUGCUUAGUUUGGCUCACAACAACUUGACCGGCACGAUUCCACAGUGCCUGGGGUCAUUUCAUGAUCUUGUGGUGUUGGAUUUGCAAAUGAACAACCUUCAUGGAAGCAUCCCUAGAAACUUUUCCAAGAGAAAUGACUUUGAGACAAUAAAGUUGAAUGGAAAUCGAUUGGAUGGACCAUUACCACAGGCUUUGGCCCAGUGCACAAAACUCGAAGUUUUGGACCUUGGAGACAACAACAUAGAAGAUUCAUUUCCUAGUUGGCUAGAAACUCUACAAGAGUUAAAAGUACUCCGUUUACGGUCAAACAAACUUCGUGGUAUCAUCACAUGUCCCAACUCCAAGCAUUCAUUCCCCAAGUUGAGAAUUCUUGAUGUCGCAAAUAACAAUUUUAGUGGCUCCUUGCCAGCAUCAUGCUUCAUGAACUUUCAAGCAAUGAAGAAUGUUGACGACAAUCGAACUGGUUCACUGUAUGUGGGUAGCAGCAACUUGUACGUGUCUUUCGGAUAUUACUAUAAUGAUUCUGUGAUGGUUGUAAUGAAAGGUCAAUAUAGGGAGCUAGUGAGAAUAUUGACUACUUACACAAUCCUUGAUUUAUCAAAUAACAUGUUUGAAGGAGAAGUUCCUAUGGUCAUUGGACAAUUAAAUUCACUUAAAGGGCUUAACCUUUCACACAAUGGAAUCAAUGGUACCAUUCCACAUUCAUUGAGUAAUUUGAGAAAUUUGGAAUGGUUGGACCUCUCAAGGAACCGGUUAACAGGAGAGAUUCCUUGGAAAAUGAGAAAUUUGCAUUUUCUCUCUUUGUUGAACCUUUCACAAAACCAUCUUGAGGGAAUCAUACCUACUGGUGGACAGUUUGACACAUUUGAAAAUUCUUCUUAUGGAGAAAAUCCAAUGUUGUGUGGACUCCCUUUGUCAAAAUCUUGCAAUAAGGAUGAAGAACAACCACCACAUUCAACAUUUCAGGAUGAUGAAGAAUCAGGAUUUGGUUGGAAAUCUGUGGCUGUGGGAUAUGCAUGUGGGGCUGUGGUUGGGAUGCUCUUGGCAUACAACUUAUUCUUGACAGCAAAACCCCAAUGGCUUGCGUCACUUGUUGAAGGUGUGUUUGGAAUAAGAGUGAAAAGGACAAACAACAGAGCUCGUGCAAACCGUAGAGGAAUGAAUUAGUUCAAUAUGGUUCUUUUUUAAUAUUUAAAUGCAGUUGUUUGUAACUUCUCUGUGUGAGAAAUGAAUUCUUAUAUCUCUCUAAUACUAUUAAGAGUUCUAUUUCAUGUUGUCAUGCAAAUAAAAAAAUUGUGAUCAAUUCCUUGAGUUUUCAAGUGUCA